UUGUUCGAGAAAGCAAAACGAAUCCCUAAAACGAUUGACAGUAUAUCUAGCGAGUCCAAAAAUUGAAUUGAAUUAAGAGGGACUGUAAAUGACAUUGAAAUGAAAGUGACAGGACCUUACACAAAUCAAAAAUAAGAAAUGGGAGGAACUACGAGGGGCGUGGCCAAAUAUAGUUUGGUUGGACUGAAGCGCAUACACACAAUGGCUGCUGGAAAGAGGCGAAAGCAAACAAUUUUCAGGCCCGUCGCGUCUAGCAAAAAAUAUGAGAAAAAAAUUAUUAAAAAUUCGGAAAAUAGUUGAAAGUCAAGAAAAACCCAACAGAAAGGAUGUUAAAGCGUCCGGGGCCCCUCAGUCCUGGCCGUGUUGAGCACAUAGCGCUGGACAGAGAGCCUGCCUCAGAGCGCGUCGGGCCCCGCGCCGCCGUCCCCGGAGCCGCUCUGCCUUAGGGUGCCAUGGCCACGGGUCCCCAGGAGCCCCGUCCACACGUCCUGGAGAAAGCCAAACUCAUGCCGGCCACCGGGAGGCGCAGGAGAGCCGAGGGGAAGCCCAAAAAGAAUUUCCCCUGCCAGGUGUGCCAGAAGGCCUUCAACAGCGUGGAGAAGCUCAAGGUGCACUCAUACUCGCACACGGGGGAGCGGCCGUACAGAUGCUCCCACCCCGAGUGCACUAAGGCCUUCGUCUCCAAAUACAAGCUGCUACGGCAUACGGCGACUCACUCCCCCGAGAAAAACCACAAGUGUUCGUACUGUGAGAAGAUGUUCCACCGCAAGGACCACCUGAAGAACCACCUGCACACGCACGACCCCUACAAGGAGGCCUUCGCCUGCCCGCAGUGCGGCAAGAGCUACAACACUAAGCUGGGCUUCAAGCGCCACCUGGCCCUGCACGCCGCCCACAGCGGCGACCUCACCUGCCAGGUGUGCCUGCAGCCGUACGCCAGCACGGCCGUGCUGCUGGAGCACCUGAAGACGCACGCCGGCAAGUCGUCCAACGGCGCCAAGGAGAAGAAGCACCGGUGCGAGCACUGCGAGCGGCGCUUCUACACCCGCAAGGACGUCCGCCGCCACAUGGUGGUGCACACGGGCCGCAAGGACUUCCUGUGCCAGUACUGCGCCCAGCGCUUCGGCCGCAAGGACCACCUGACGCGGCACGUGAAGAAGAGCCACGCGCGCGAGCUGCUCAGGGUCAAGACGGAGCCGGCCGACUCCCUGGAGACCUUCGUCUGCGACCUGGCGCCUCAGCUCGCGGGCUUCAAGGGCGAGCUUUCGCCCCCCCCGGCAGCGCCGCUCCCACGGCCGCUGCAGCUCAACAUGUACGCGGCGGCGGCGGCGGCGGGGGCGGCGCCCGGCCUGGACCCGGAGCCCUUCCCCGGGCCCAUGCACCCCUUCUCGCUGAAGUACCCGCUGGGACAGCCCAGCUUUACCUCAUACGGUGCCAUGUCGGUGGCGCAGGAGCGCGAGCAGAGCCUGAAGGGGGAGCUAGAGACCUACCUGAUGGAGCUGCAGAGUGCCAUGCCCUCCUCCUCCUCCGCCUCCUCCGCCGCCGCCUCCGCCAGCGCCUCUGCCUCCGCCACCCAGCUCUCCGUCUCCAAGCUGGAGCUGGGGCCGCAGGGGUUGGCGGAGGAGGGCGGCGAGGCCUCCUCCAUGUCCAAAAUGCCCACGUCGGGGCCGGCGUUGGGGGCCAUGGCGGGCGAGGCCCUGGCCUCUUCCUCCUCCCUGCUGGACUUCUCGCAGCUCUUUAAUUUCCUGCCCCUGCACGGCCCGCCGUACCACCCUGCGGGGGCGGGCCCCGCGGUGACACUGGGGGCCCCGUACCCCCCCGCCCACGAGCCCGCCGCCCUGGUCCGGUCCCCAGAGGGCCCCGAGGGCCCCGAGGCCAGGGAGGGGGCUCUGCAGGGGCUGCCCGCUUCCUUCAUUUCCAACCUGAGCGCGCCCACCACACUGCCCCGCUUCCACCAGGCCUUCCAGUAACGCCCACGCACUGCUGCUGGCAUGUACAGGGUCCCUAAGGCAGCCUAGCCAUGUUUCCUCUCUCUCUCUCUCUCUCUCUCUCUCUCUCACCCUCCCUCUCUCUCUCUCUCUCUCUCUCUCUCUCUCUCUCUCUCUCUCUCUCUCCUAACACAUGACAAUGCUCUUUGCCCCCACCAGUACAGAACGUGCCUCCCCUCGACCCAUGUGGAGGGGGUGACUCCGGCUACUCUGGACGCAUUAUGAUGCCAGUAACAUGUUUUGUAUUUUGUUGUUGAUAUGAUAUCAUGAGCACUUCUGUCCAGUGAAUAGGAUAACAUGUGCAGACACUGACACCAGCAGCGACCGACGUACGUGAUGUCAGGCACCGACAGUAGUAGGCAAGUUCUGCAAAACUCUUAAGGGGUCACGUUGGGAUGUGUUGAAUUGGGAUUUACCUUCUUUUUUUUUGUCCAACAAUCUUUAUAAUUCCCAAUACCACAGACCACCACUAACUCAGCCAGUGUUAAACUUUGACAGGAUGCACACUAACUUAUAUUGGGAUUUAAAUAUAGACUAAUUGGCGUAGAAAUACGUUUGCAGUGAUAUUUUCUAUCUCUAACCCCCCUUCUUGGCCCGACCUUAGUGUGCAAAUUGGUGCAUUUAACAUUGAUCUUCAUAUAGCACUUUGAACUUUUGUGAUAUGGGAUGUGGUCACAAAUUAUCGAUGUUAUAUGUUUAUUUUCUCCUUUACUUAUAUAGAAUUGUAGCCAGACAGAUAGACAUACAGACUGAAGAAAGAAGUAAUCUAUUGUUAUAGAGUAGGUACUCAAUAGCAACUCCUGGGCAACAGUGUUAUUUGACCAUAUUACUUCACUUCGUUAUUUCACUGCAUUAGAGUUCACGCAAAAGUGUAUAAUUUUUUAUGAAAUCAUCGGAUGAUUCAUGUAACCGACAAGAGCCAACAAGAACAUAAGUCAGUCGAGUCAUUUCUUUAUCAUGUUUCUCAGAGAAGAGCCAAACUUAUGCACAAUCAUAGAACAGGCAAACUUUUUCCGCAUACCACCACAAUGUAUCUUACUGUUCCCUACAAAAACAAAUGCACCACAGGAUUGAAGAAGCACUUAGUGACAAGAAGCAAUAGUGUUCAAGGGAAAUUUAGUCUUUAUAUCCUUCUGCUCUUUCUGAAACUCCUCAAAGGGGCUCUAACUAUUCUUCAGUUCUUUCCGUUCAUCAACCACAAACCAAAGUCUACCAAAUGCAAACUUGGCUGCUAGUUUAUUUUAUUGUUUUCUUCAACAAUGUACAAGGUUAUCCAGACACGUGAAAAGACUCCGGCUGGUCUAGUCAGCGCCUUGACGCUAAGGUUUUAGCGACAUCUAGUACUAUCGUGUUUCAGUAUUCUACCGUAUCGUGCUCUUACCCUUUAAACACUCCGGUCGGAGGAACCAGCAGGUUCCCCGCGUCACUCUGCCGCUGUAUGGUCGUCCAAAGCAUCGCUAUGAGGGACAUGGAGACACAAAGGAAUCAUUUCUGAUGGUUUUCAACAUGGCUACUGAGCUGCUAUCGCUGACCCCCUCAACCAACUCAAUUAUGCUUACAAUUUGCACCUUGCAGACAUGCCUGCAAACAAAAUACACUUUUUUAAGGUUAAAGGUUCGCUUAUGGACAGUCAAGUCAAUUAGCAAAUGUGUUGUUCAUAACCUUGGCGUGAAACUAAAUAGGCCUAUACAUAUUGAUGAAUCUGACUUUGGACCUCAAAGUGUAUAUUUUUAUGACCCCUUACAUUGACCCUUUAAAAGUUGUGCAAAAAAGACUAUGUUAUUUAAUAUAACAUUGAACUUAACUUUAACACUUUGCCUUUGUGAAUAUAAACUAUUUUUAUUAUGGAAGGUCAAGAGGAGCCUAGUUGUAAGUGGAGACAUCCAAUUAAGAAAUCGGUGAUCAUUUGGUCGAUUAACCAUCCUUCAUAUUUGUAUUCACAUGAAUUUAAGCAGUUGUCAUUUCAGGAACGGUGCUCUAAAGCUAUUAUUGGUGAUCAAUCAUGCUAAUAAGUUUGCCUUUGUGGGCAAUCCCUCCUUUCUUGAAUGCAAGAUAUUCAUAAAAUAAUGAACCAUGGUUGGUUGGGAAUUUUUUGGGAUCUUAUUCCAGACUUAUUCUUGCAAUGCCAGUUAAAUAAGCACUUAACACAGUUCAGUUAAUCCGUUAAACUAGUUUUAUAAACAUUGUGAUUCCACAGGCAAAGCAUGUGGCUCAAAGUUAACAUUCAUGCAAAACAAUUCUGCAAAAAAGUAUAUAUGUAUCUUUUGAUUUAUCACUUUACACUAUUACCACAAAUAAUCAACAGAUAACGUACAGACUAUUUUAAAGUGCCAAUUGGCAUAAUUGCAAACAUUAAUCAAAAAUAAGGAUAUGUCAUAAACUAACUCUGUAUGAAAGAAAUGUGCCAGUAUCCUAAUGGGGCUAUUAGAAUUAUCUCACAUGAAGGAGGCCUUGUAUUGCCAUAGAUUGAGACAUCAGAAGUGAGAGCCAAAAGUUAGCCUCGCCUCAAACUGUUUUAUCUCACACCCCAAAGGUGCUGAAACCGUGCAGCCUCAAAGUGCCUGAGUCACUGAAGGAGAUAAGCAACAGUGGCGCCUAGGGCUAGCCCAUCACAUCCAACCUUCUACAGUAGCCAUGUUGCUUGACCAUCAACCGAGGAAAACGUUACUGUAGACAUCGUUAAAGCUGCCACACCGAUUGCCUUUGUGAAAAUUGCUCCAUUGUAUACUAAUUAUUGUGCGUACAUAACCCAAUAGUGUUGUCAUUUACCUCACACAGGCAUGUUUUUUGUUUUUGUUUGCUCCACUACUCCAAAAGGUUAACAGAAUAGUGUUAAAUAUCCUACUUCUUUUCAUUGACAAGGGGCUGAGGAAAUAUGAAUGGAAACUAGUGUAACUGAUUUGUGGGCUGUGUUUUAUUUUGGGAUUUGGAGAUGAAUGUUUAAUGUGUUUUUUUAGUUUUUUUUAAAGAAGCGUUAUGGAAGUUUCCUCUUUGUAUUUUGUGAAGGUUUGUGGUUUUACAGGAAACGUUAGCAAUGGAAAUGUUUUUGUUUUGUUUUUGUUGUGUAAUCAUAGCACUUUUUGUAAAUGCUUUUGUUUCCUCCCAUUUUUUUUUGUUUAAAAACAUUUAUUACAAAAUGUGUAGAAGAUAUAUUUAGCUCUUUAGAGAACAAUAACAUGUAAAUAUGAUAUAAAUUGUUUUAUUUUUAAAAGGUACAAUUUUGACAGUGUUUUUCCUAUCAAAGUGUCAAUUUUGCUUUACUUGCACAAGCGUUCUGUGUAUCUCAUUGGGAGGCCCUUUAUCAAAAACAUAACUUUAAUCCCCACAAUUGCUUUACAGGCCACAUAUCAGAAAAGGCCCAUGGCAAACAAUCGGCUAUCUUAGGUUAGAUCAAUAAUAUAAUUAAUAUUAUGUAGCACUUAACCACACACUUGGAUCACAUUUAGUUCAAUUGUCAGUUUAAAUCGACAAUUGAACACGUCACAACAUGACACAGGGAUAUUGAGAACACUCAGCUAUUGACCUCAGCGUUUCUUCCUUACUUUUGGUAAAGAAGUAACAAAUACUACUUGAUUUUGACCAUUACAUUAUUUUCUAACUGAAGACUUAUGUACUUGUAUCAUGUCAUCAGGCAUACAUCAUGCAUUUUUGGGAGAUAUUACUUUAGAUGCUUAAUUUUAAGCAGUUAUAUUUGUUGCGGUGGGGGUAAAACGCCUGUUUAGAACGUAAAGCCACAUUUGACCCACUCAAAGAACAUACAUCCAGAGGAGCUGUUCAUUGCAGGCAGUGCACACUUACAGAGUAGACAAUGAACAUAAGACGCUUGUCAGUGAGAGACACAGACCUUUUAGCAAUUCAUGUCAACCUUCUUUAUAAGCUUCAGUGGUACCAGUGAACCUUAUUGAAUGUGUCUGUAAGAAACACUGCAAUACUGCAAUAUUUGUUUUGGUAUUGGAUAAAGCUGCUAACAUAUACUUCUCGAGCGCCACAAGGUGCUACCAACCUCUUUUCUAGUUCUUAAUUGUAUCGUUUUUACAAACAAAAUAUCCAAUUUCAUUUUAGCUGAACUGCCGGAAUGUGUGCUCGGUUGUACUAUAUAGCUAUAUCUAUUUUUUAUUUGUACUGUGACUUUUUUGUAGUCUUUGUUUUUUGACGGACUCGCCUGUAAUAUCACAUGCUUUUUUUUGUUUUCUCUUCACCUGUGUGUUGUGGUAUUGGGCGAUGGCUCCGCUGAGGAGCCCCCCCUAGUGGACGAUAAUAGAAAGUGAAGACAAUGAUAGUUCCCUCCACACCACAUGUCUCAAAGAUGAGCUGAGGAGUUUCAGAGCAAACUGCAUUCCAGCCAUGUUGGUUUUUGUUUUUCGUCGCAUUUCAACAUCCUGUGAUGAUGACAAUGAUGAUGAUAGAAUGAAGUUGCUAAUCUUCUAUAUUUUACUUUAAAAAUCUAUUUUACAAACUACUGUUGUAUUUUUAUAAAUAUAGGCUAAGUAAUUCACACAAGCAUAUAUAAAUAUAUAAAAAAAUAGAAUAUAUAUGUUUAUAAGUUGUGUAAAAUAGAAAUUAAUGCUGCAGCUUUUAUCUUUUCGUAACAUUGACAUCAUCCAAAGAAACAGAUUAUUUAUUGUCUGGCAGAAUAACAGGAUUUGGUCUUCACACUUUGCUGCUAUGAGUGAAAGAAGAGCUGCAGUCUUCAACUCCUUGUGUUUUACACAAUGUAAUGAAAGUUCAAUAAAGACUAAAAGAAGGAUCCGAAAA